UUAAGAGUAACACUAGUGGGAGACGAAUGGGGAUCAUCAAAAGGCGGAUUAUCUACGCUGAACAGAGAACUAGCAAAACAUUUGGCACGGCAGCCUGGGGUAGAGGUUACCCUUCUGUUGCCACAUUACAGUGAAAGAGAGAAGCAAGAAGCUAAUGACUGUAGAGUAAGCCUUGCGACACCUGAGCCAAUGACUGGGUUUGAUUCUAUAAGGGGAUUGAGCUUUACUACAGAAGAUCAUGAUAUUGAUGUUGUUGUAGGCCAUGGUCAGAAGCUCGGAGCACCAGCCCAGGCCAUAGCAAAACAGCGCAAGUGCAAGCGAGUUCAUAUAGUACACACUGCCAGUGAAGAGCUUGCAAUGUUUAAGGAAGGCGAAACGGCGUUACCGAAAGGCGAGGAAAAACACCAAGCUGAAUUAAAACUGUGUAAGGAGGCUGAAAUCGUCGCGGCUAUUGGACCGAAGCUAGCGGAAGCCAUCUCCGCCCCCCUGCGGUCGUACGGUAAGGAUCAACAAGUGAUAGAUAUCACACCUGGAAUCUUUCCGGAGUUCACAAAGAUGCAGCAAGCCAGUGAGGAAAGGGGAAAGUUCCGCAUCUUAGUGUUUGGUCGGGGUGACUCGGAAGAUUUUGAACUAAAAGGAUACGAUAUAGCCGCCCAAGCUGUAGCAGGCUUGAAUGAUAAAAGCUACCUUCUAACAUUUGUCGGAGCGCCGAAAGGAAAAGAAGAUGAGGUCAAAAAUAACUUGCUGAAGUGCGGCAUUUCUCGCAACCAACUUAUCGUGCGAGGCUUUAUUGAGAGUCGUGGUGAAUUGGAAAAACUCUUCUGUGAGGCUGAUUUAGCCAUUUUGCCGUCACGAACAGAAGGUUUUGGUCUCGCAGCACUCGAAGCUCUUUCCUCUGGCCUCCCCAUUUUGGUGGGUGAUAAUUCUGGGUUAGGAAAAGCUCUGCAGACUUUAACUUUUGGUUCGUCGUUCGUGGUAGACUCUGAUGAAGCUGAGGAGUGGGGUAAAGCUAUCAGACGUGCGAGACAGAAAGAAAGGCAAAUUCGGCUCAACGAAGCGCUCUCUCUACGAGAGUUUUAUGACGAAAAGUUCAAGUGGGAGACGCAAUGUAAGAUCCUGCUUGAAAGAAUGCGCCGUCUUUUUCAAUAAACUUCAAGGGUCGGUUCAGAACUUGGCCAGGGUCGUUUAGGAUUCAUUGGAUAGUCUUUGCCAAUGACAAAAACUGCCCGUGCAUCCGCGCUUGUCAAUUUUAAUGAACAAAAUAACAGUUUGAUUCUUAUAUUACUUAUUACUUGUCUUCUUACCUUUAUUGAUACGGGACUACUUAAAUUAGGCUCUCGAGGACGUAGCCUCGAAAUGCAUGUAUUCACGAGUUUAAUCUUCCGUCGUGGGGGUUGCGGAGUUCAUCAAGUCCUUUUCUCUGACCGCGUGAAUCUUCUAACACAGUUGUCCUGGAUUCCAAUCUUUGGCAUCGUUGUUGAUAGCCAAUAAAGGGACAGUAGAUUAGUAGUCUGCAGCGUGACGAUACUAAAAAGGGCUGUGUAGCAGACUAUAGUAGAUUAGUUCACGGUGAGCGCUAUUAGUUAGCGCUGCUAUGCGUUAUAGAACUUUUUUCACCUAAUGUCACGAAAAUUAAUACCGACGGCGAUUAGUGCACCGAGCCAAUCCUGUGGAGACAUCUGAACUCCUGCUAGUGGUAUGAAUAAACUAACGCACUAUACAUUGCACCAAAAUAAUUUUAGUGGUUUUAAUUGAGCUGAUGUGAUAAGUUGUUUCCCUUUUUUUAAUGAAAAUGACAUCAGCUGUUUUGAUCUCAAAAGAAAAGGUUGUGCAAGAGAUAGAAAAUUCAGUCCAGUCAAAGUUCAAGCCAAUUCCUACCUCAUUUACCUCAAUAUGUAAACCUUAUGGAUUUUCACAAGAAUAGCUCAAAGAUAAAUGGAAUCCAAAACUCCUACGUGGUUUUUGACAGUAGAACGACAAAACAGGAUCUUUACAGUAGUUUUGAAAGCGGCAAAGAACCUCCAGAAACCUAAUCCAAAAAACGUUUUAAUUUUUAUAGAUUGACAUGGUUGCAGCUACGGUUGCGUUUCUAUGCGAAAGUCUGAAAAUAUAAUAAGAUUCUUGAUCUCAGCUUCACUGCCCAACUACCCCUUCCCUAACCCAACAUUUUGCCCCAAAUGAGAAGUAAGUGUUAAACGUUGACUUAGGGGAGGGGUAGGUGAGCAGUUUCACAGAAACCUAAAUUGGUCCAAUCCACGUACUCUGAGUUCCCGAAUUAAGUUUUGAUCCGAUUCCCAAUAUUUUGAUGAAGUUUUAGUACUUAAAGUAUACGUACCUCCCCCUCCUCCUUCCCCGCCGCCUUCACCCUCUUUCCUGCAGCGACAUUUGUUUUUUUUCCCUACAUGGUCCGCACUGAACACAAUUCAUAGCGGUAAAUCCUCCUGCGCAUUGCUGAUUUUCUUUUGCACAUUUAUGGCUCUUUUUAGCUUAACUACCACCUAAAAAACAAUGCAUUUUGUUAUUUACAAACAUACGCAAUUACUGAGUGAUUUAUCUACAGCGAUCGCAAUAAUCCUCAUUCCCAGACUACGUUAUGGCGGGAUUCUUGGUCGCUCUAUCUUUUUCAUCUGUGGAGGAACGGUCCUAUAAGAGUACCUGCGGUGAGUUUGCGCCGCUUAACGCUUUAUCUUGUCCCAUCCCAGAAGGUUUGAAGGCUUGGGCAGUGUAGUAAAAAGGUGAGAUAUAGUGAUAGCGUUUCGGUGGCUCCCGGCAUUGGUCACAAUUAGGCAGUCUGUCAUGCGGUGGAGAAUUAGAGCAGACGGUACGAUAUGGUGUGCUAUUUUUCAGAUGGUGUCUCCAUGUUAAUUAGAUGCUGAAGGUGUAUGGAGAGUUUUCUAGAAACUGGCAUUGAAGUGAUGUAGAUCGCCAUUGUGGAGCGUGCGCUUGAAGGAGUUACACUUGCCGCGGUGGUAAAGGGCCUCUGAACACCGUUUUGACGCAGAGGUCUGACGACUAUUCCAUACAGAUGAGCCUUGUAAGGCCACAAUAACUGUAUAUGGUUGUUAUUGCAUGGGUGAUAUUACUGUGCGCAUGUGUGAGGUACAUAUUGUGUGAUAUUGCUGUGCGCAUGCGUGUGUCUCUUGCUGUAAGGUUGGUUCGCGCGAUCGGUUUGUUGAGUAGGACUGUACGCGGGUUUUGCAGGUUGCCUUUAAUUUGCAUCGCGAGAGAUGAUUGUGGUGCGGUUGCAGUGGUGGUAGUUGACUGGGUACGAUGUUUUUCAGUUGUUGUGGUAGGGCUUGUAGCAGUUGUUGAUAUUCUCGUGCCGUGUGUUGAGCGUUGUGAAGGUGCUCUUGCGAGGGAGGGGUAGGAGAGGUUCAUUUAUGGAGCGGAGUGGUAGACAAUAAGGUAUUUAAUAUGUCAGACACGUCUACCUAUAUAAGGUUGGCGGUAAUCCAGGUUUGGUUGGUGAUAGCCUGUUGCAGGCUCUUAGACAGUCGUGUCCGCUGAAUUGAGAAAGCGCAAACACGAAAAUAAAACGGGAGGAAACUUUUCCUUUUUCCCUCUCCGCCAACUUUUCGUGUGCCUUAUUCUUUCGCGUCUUCCCCACUAUCUGAGAACCUGCAACAGGCUAGGUUAGGGAGUGUAGCUAGUGAAUGACAUUUUUCCGGAAGAGACCUUCGUUUACGAAGUUGACCUCUUGUGCGAUUUGGUUUAUGUUUGAGCCAGGCAGUGAGUAGUUCUUCAUGAUAUGGUAGCUUGGGAUAGAGCGGGCCUCUAGGUUGAAAGUCGAAAGCUAGAUUGAGUGAUCCAAUGCGGAUGUUGUUAACAAUGUGCGUUUUUUCAGGGGUGAGAAGCGAUAACUUAUAAUAAGUGUAGUUAGAAAAAGGGCGUAGAUCUUGCAAAUGAUACAACAAUCGCUCUUGUAACAAACAAACGCUCGAGUUGAGUAAGAUUUACAGUCGACUCCCGAUAACUCGAACCUUCAAGGGAAAUCGAAAAAAGUGCGAGUUAUCGGGAGCCAAGAGUAAGGAAUAAACAGUUUUUACUGGACAGUGAACAUUUUAAUCACAUUUAAUUGUAGAAAUGUCAAGUGAAAAUUAAAAGAUACUUCUAGGUUAUAAAUCGGAAGUAACGUAACAAAACAUUGCCUAAAUAGAGCUUUCUUUUUACUGUUUUGAGAAGUAAAGUUGUUUCACGUUAGAUUUGUGACAAACAACAUCAGCCUCCACUAGUACUAGUAUAUGCCUACAACACGUCAAUGGGAAAUUCAAAAUUCAAUGCUUCGGACGCCGGUGGACUGUUUUUUUUCCCCGGCUUUUAAUUGCUCAAAAUAUGGUUCGAAUAAUCGAUGGUAAAUUGGAAAUUACAAGGUUUCUACGCCCAAAUUUGCAAAGUUAGAGAGACGCUUGGGUACGAGGCGAGCCAAUCUGCUAGGCUUCAGGCUUUUUGGUUAGCAGGCGGGCGCCAGGGUAGGUACGGUAGGUGCUUCAUAUCAAGCCAGGAAUCUACCCGCUAACCAAAAAGCCGGAGGACCCUGAGUACAAGAGCAUUCUCAUCCCCAGAGCCUCCCGUCCCACUUAACCAGCGGGAGCCUUCGCACCAGGAAAUACCUACCUUCCAUAAUUUAGCAUAAGCUGGGUAUAGCGUAACCGCCUUAAAAAACGCUGUUGAUAAAUUGAAACCCUUCGACAGUUUCUGGCAGUUUUCCCUUUGCGGAAGCAAAAAGGAAGGCCGACACGUACUGAGGAAAACGUAAGAGACUUUCUGUUUUGUGAAAAUAACGAGUAAUCCCGCAUUUUCGUAAUGACUUUGAUUAUUAUGCUAUCUUCUCGAAUCUUCUACCGUCGUUAACAUGGAAAACUGCUGCAUGUUUAGAAAGAGCCGAGCAUUACCGUUAGAAGAAAAUUGUAGCAGUGAAUGUACUUAUUCACGUUCUUUUCUGAUACUGUUUUUACUGUUGAGAACUCGCGUAAAUGAGGUCAGCUAGCCGAAUACGUAUUACAUAUGAAUGUAGAGUGCCUCAUUGUUAAUACUUUAAGCUGUAAGAUAAGUUUCCUUGUCUGGAUAGAUCCCUAUCCACCGGCUGAUGUAAACAAAGGCCUUUGUCAGUGUUUAAAAAUAGUUUCAGCUUCAGGCUCUAUUCUUCUUGCUGUUUAUUAGCAAUGUAGUAUCAGACAGUGUACCAGAUCAUUCACGCGAUCGCGAGCGGUAACGCGCCAACGAGUUUUAUCAUUUGCUUUAAUUUUAAGCUCGUAUACCUAGACAUUUGAUUGUCUUGAUUACGAGUGCGAGAUCAAUACGACUUGCUUAGAGCUAGUUCAAGAUGUCCCCAGAACUCUCCAGCACUUUCGUUGAACUGGCACGAGACUUAGAUAGAUGAGUGGUGUGAAACUACAGUGAAAAUCUGAAGAAAUUGAAAACUUUGUACUCCUACGCCAUCUUAAUACAGUCUUACUCACAGUUCGGUCUAAUAAUCCCUACUGAAAAGAAGCCGACAACCAGCAUAGAAAUGUAUAUCAUGAGAAGCGUCUUGAAGGGAGUAAACAAACAGGGCGUAGGACUAGGAACUGGAAAUUCGUCCCCUGCUUGAACGAACCAUUUCGAACAAUGAUCAUUAUAAUUACGUAUGUAUGUAACAUUUCAUUACUUUACUAGUCUUUACUUUCAUGACUCAAGAUUAUCAUGAGUAUAUCUUUGGUGGGCAAGAGCUCCACCGACGUUCAGUCACAAUUAAUGCUAAAGCGACGAGGUAUAGUAGACCGUGCCCUUUCAAUUCAACUAAGCGUAGUUUUCCUUCUUUUUUGUUCAUUUAAAACUGAAUUCAACACGAAGGAAAAGGAGAUCCAGGAAGACAGAAAAUCAUUCUCUGCAUAUUCACUUAUCAAUCACGCAGGGUUGCAAUAUGUACUCGCGUGUUAAACUGAGUGAUUAUUAUUUCCAGGUUAAUGACCUCCAAACAACAUUGCUUUGUUCUUAAGGAUUGCUUCUUCUAAAGUUUCCGACCGGCAUUUCGAGGAAUUGGCCGGGAUAUGAUAACCUGUGUCAUGAAAAGUGUCUCUAACUAAAAGGAUAUAUUUUUUUAUUUUAGACUACUGGUUAUGAGAAUACUCCUUUUUCUUCACAUUUGAAUGCUAAAUCCUUCAGGCGUAAUUUUUUCCAAAGUCGUGCACUGUGAGGUUAUGAUAAAAUAUGGCAAUGUUUAAUUCGGAUACGCAACAUGAAGAUUUGAUUACCCAAAACGUAGUUUCACAAACUUAGCGAGAUAUUUCAUAAUCGUUUAACAAAAUACGUUUCCCAUUUUUUCCCCUAGAAUUUGCAGUUAUUAUGCAUGUUAACAAAGUAAACUUUUUCUCUAUUUGUUUUCUAAAAACUCUCUUCUCUGUCAGUACUAAUGAUUGCCGAUGACUAAUGGGCUAACUGAGGCGAUCACAUGUUACGAGUCGAUAGAAGUUCACGAAUCAAUGUUAUUAUAAAUUAAGGCAACCGAGAUACCCUUCACUCCCUACAAUCACUGAGCAAGGUCGCUUUUCAGAAAGCCUUUUAAAAGCACAUGUUGGCGACGAACGUCAGAGAUUACAAAUGCCAAUAUCCGACAAGGUGAUGUUACACGAGACAAUUCGCAACGACGAUUUUUAGCGCAACACAGCGUUGCAAUAUUGUUGUAACAUUGUUUCGAAUGGUUACAACAUUGUUCCAGCCUUGCAACGCUGUGUUGCGCUAAAGGCGUCGUUGCGAAUCGUCCCGUGUAACAUCACGUCAAAAAGUAAAAGUUUUUCGCCAACGUUUUUAGCCGGCGAAGGUAGAAACAUUCACGGUCUGACAUGUUGAAAACGGUAUAGGCAAAAAGUAUUACUCAAUACAUUGCAGAAAAACUGAAAUGGCCACUUUGUCAGCUUUGCCUUUUGCCCUAAACUUGAUGCUUAUCUCCACACAUGUGUCCCGUCAAGGAGCUAAAUUAUCCACCACAAAAAGCGGAAAGAAAUGUAACUUCCGCCACGACUAACUUAUGUUAAGGAAAAUAAGACAUUAGUUAGAAGCAGGAGAGGAUAUUCUCGAGCUCUUGGUGAAGAAGGUUUACAAAAUUAAUUUUAGAAGAGGCUUUUUAGAAAACUAACAUUAUCAAUAUUUCACCGAUGUACAAAUUAAAGUCGGGGGAAGGCAGUUGGAACGUGCUAACAUUUUGCAAAAACAUAACAUUUAAAAGAUAGCCUGCAUGUUAUCAACUCUACAAGAUGAUACAAAUGUCGUGGUAUGUGGUGCUGUUGACUUCAUGCAAAAUUCAGGUUAAUACUAAUAGCUUAAUGAUCAUUAGAAAGUAUGGUUUUUUUAACACUCAAGAUCUAAAUUACGUUCUGAUUAACUCGCUGCUUUUGGUAUAUAGUUUUUGAACGUUUUAUGUACUUACAAUGUCAAAAAUUUGCAUUGUUGCUUAAUAGCUCAGAUCUCUUAAUCAUAGUAACCGGCUAACAAUAAGGUUUGCUUACGAAUAAAUCUAAAUUUGUGGAGGAAUAAAUGAACUUCUACUGAAAAGAAGGGGUGGGUUCUGGCCUAAGAAAAAUUAUGACCUCCCCCAGCAAAACGGUUUUGUGCAUUCGUGGGUUAAUCCAUAGUUGGACCAUGGUUAGUCGGAAUAGAUAACUUUUAUGGUUUUGUUAGACUUUGAACAGCCUGCUCCGCGGCUAGUAUCCAGAUCUUCUAUUUAUAACUACUUUUCAAUAGCAAUUUUCCAUUGAUAUUCAGGAGAUAAACAGAAACUCAUCAUGCUACUCUCUACUACUCUCAUUGCACGGUGCAUGACUGUAUAACGCUGUGCAAUAGACCCACGUUUUUUUUGCAACUUUUGACGUGGACAAGUAAGGGGAAAUUCGUUGACAUUACUAGAAAGAGCGCCUAACAAUUACAGUUCCUCAAAGUCUCGAAAUUUUACAGACAUUUGUAUGGUGAGGGGCACAAACUUGUCCCCCACCAUACAGAAGUCAAGUUUUGCAACUUUGCGGAACUCUAUCUUCGCUUGCUAAAGACGUAUCACUUUCAAAUUUGACAGUUUUACGAAUUUUAAGGCCGUCUUUCCAGUGAUGUUGACGGAUUUUCCCUAACUUGUACAUGUCAAAAGUUGAAAAAAACGUGAAAGGGUCUUAUUGUGAUUUAUAUUUCGUUAGUGCAGCAUUCUAUACGAAUGAGAACUUAUCAUCCCUUGGGAACCUUAAUAUCAUUCUCUCUUUGAAUUAUGUUCUAAUUCUUUUUCCUUUCUCAGUUUAGGUAACAUCAGUCCUUUAAAAUCAAGUCAGGCAGUACUCGUCGCCAUGCGUAGCGAAGUUGAGGUAAACAAUGAUUAAACCUACAGUAUAGUAACCAAAAAUAACACGAUGAAACGUUCCCAUUAAGAUGCACGUACCCAGCGCCCAUAUUCCAGAGAGACAUUUCGAGUAUACCACCUCUGGAAAAACAAAAGAAUAAGAGAUUCAUCCAAAAGGCACACAGAGGCCCAUCUACGGAGGAAAGAGGUAUACAACAACAAAGAAUGUUUGACUUAGGUCAAAUUAAAAGUGUGAACGAUUUAAAAAGUUCUUUAAUUAUCAAUAACAAAACUUACGCAGCAGUAGUUAGAGCUGAACCAUACUGUACCAGGGACCGCGUAGCAAGUUUUCAAGUUGGGGGGGCUAAAGAAGAAUGCGUGAAGGAAAAAAUAUUUUACAAUUGUAACGACUAAUGCUUCAUUCUGUCUAUUUAUCUGCGCGUUUGUCUUUGCCAGUAACUCUGGUCACUUUCGAAUUAACGAUUUUUUGCUAUUUUUCACUCCGUUACUUUUGUUAAAUUAUUUUUUCUUUAAUUUAUUUUUAUUCUUGCAAAAAAGUGGGGGGGGGGGGGGCUAAAGCCCCCCCCCCCCAGCCCCCCCCUCUGCGCUGUCCCUGUGUACUCAGAGAAGGCCUUCUUUUCUCCCCAAUUUCUAUGUUGACGGACAUUUCAAUUAAGGGGAGAAAGAGCCCUUAGAGUGUACUUUUGGGCGAUACCCUUCCCCCAUUUCUUUACUCAUCAGGACUGUUUAUAAAUUACAGUCCCCUAUCAGUUCCCCGUUAGCCUAAUAUGUAGCUGACGGGAUGUAGCUAACGAUUGCUGUAGAUUUUUGGCGGCAGAGCCGCGAGAAGAUUGGGCGCAAGUCCACGCUCGGGAAACUCCCUCGCUGCUCCGCCGCCAAGAAAAUAUCCCGGAAAUAACAAUCCCGCUAGCUAAAAAGGCUACAAUAGUUUUCCGUGGGAUCGUCGUGAUCGAGCGCUUACAAUAGUAUCUUGGUUUGUAAUGUACCGAGGGGCCGCCGUCGAGGUGUGCCGCUUGUUAGAGUAAGCGCUUGAUCGCAAUGAUCUUACCGGAAAAUAGUAUAGGGGACUGUGAACAUCUACAGUCUUUUCCCUGGGCCUAGGUUAUACCACAACAAAGUAAGAUCCAUACAAUGAGAUAACCUAACAUACUAAAAGCUUCCGAGUGCUGUUGCGCGCAUUAUCUAAACCAGCGGGAUUAUUUCUAGGCAAAAGAAACAGUGGUGAUUAAAGGCUGCUAUUUUUGCCAAUGUAGAUUCGCCAAACUCAAGUUUAUAUAUUUCUCUUUCCCCCUGUAGGAAAACAGAAAUGAUGGACCAUCAGGCUCUUUCGCAAGAAGACCUUUAAGAGUAACUUCUUUGGGAGAUGAAUGGGGUUCAUCAAAGGGCGGAUUGUCUACGGUGAACAGAGAACUAGCAAAGUGCCUGGGACAACGACCUGAUGUAGAGGUAACCAUCCUUUUACCACAAUUCAGUGAACCGGAGAGGGAAGAAGCCAACCGUUGUAAUGUGCGUCUUACCACACCAGAGCCAAUGCCCGGUGUUGAUCCCAAAAUAGGAUUGAGCUUUCCUCGUGAAGACCUCGAUAUUGAUGUUGUUAUCGGCCAUGGUCAGAGGCUCGGAGGACCAGCUCAGAUCAUAGCAAAACAGCGCAAGUGCAAACGAGUUCAUGUAGUACACACUGCCAGUGAAGAGCUUGCAAUGUUUAAGAAAUACGACAAAGCGAUAUCAGGAGGCGGGGAGAAGCACCGAAAGGAAGUAGAUUUUUGUAAGGAAGCUGAUAUAGUCGUGGCCAUGGGACCAAAGCUGACGGAAGCCAUCUCUGCAAACUUGCGGCCGUAUGGUAAAGAUCAACACGUGAUAGAUAUCACACCUGGAAUCUUUCCUGAGUUCGCAAAGAUGGAGCAAGUCACUGAGGAGAGGGGAAAGUUCCGCAUCUUAGUGUUUGGUCGGGGUGACUCGGAAGAUUUUGAACUAAAAGGAUACGAUAUAGCCGCACAAGCUGUAGCAGGCUUGAACGAUAAAAGCUACCUUUUAAUAUUUGUCGGAGCGCCAAAAGGAAAAGAAGAAGAGGUCAAAAAUAGCUUGCUAAAGUGUGGCAUUUCUCCCAGUCAGCUAAUUGUGCGAGGCUUUAUUGAGAGUCGUGGUGAAUUGGAAAACCUCUUCUGUGAGGCUGAUCUCGCCAUUAUGCCUUCACGAACGGAAGGGUUUGGUCUGGUCGCUCUGGAAGCACUUUCCGCUGGUCUUCCGAUUGUGGUGAGUGAUAAUUCUGGAUUUGGGCAAGCUCUCCAAACCGUAACCUUUGGUUCGUCGUUUGUAGUAGACUCCGAUGAAGCGGAAGAGUGGGGUAAAGCUAUCAGACGUGCGAGACAGAAACCGAGGCAAAUUCGACUUAGGGAAGCGCGCUAUCUCCGGGAGUUUUAUGACGAAGAGUACAAGUGGGAGGCACAGUGUGGGAUCCUGGUUGAAAGAAUGCGCGUCCUUCUUCAAUAA